CAGUAUAAAAACAACUAAAAAUGAGUUCAGAACGUAUUGUAAAAUAAUUAAAAUUAAUUCAACAGAACAACAUAAAGAUGUAUUUCCUUCACAGGGAAAACAAAAAGCUUAAUUAUUAAAGUAAAACAUCUAAACUUAUAUAUGUAGUUUGUCUAAUGAUAUACCGGACACAGGUUUAGUGUAUUUUCUAAUUUGUUUUAAACAAUAAAGUUAAAUAAAAGUGUAAUAUUUAAUUAAACCCCUCGAUUUGCUCUUCCACUCCUAGCUUUUUAAUUAGAAAACAUAUUUUUCUACAACUGUGUGCAAACUAACGCGAAUUAAUAGAAGUUUGAGAAAUAAUAAUAAUAAAUCAGUAAUUAACCUGGAAAUCACUGAGGAACGUUUUUUUUUUGAGGAAAAAGAAAAUAAAAGCACGGAGGCAACAUGGAGGCCGUCGCUCCUUUUUUUAAAAAUUAUUUUUGCAAAAGCUGCUCUAUAAAUUUAGCUUCAACUUCCACUGUCUCUGAUGUGUUUCUGUCAAAUAAUACGUGAAGCUCCAAAAGUGAGGGAGGAGAGAAGGGGGAGAAAAAUGCUCAUUGGAAUAUGUCUGACAGCCUCCAACGAUCUAAAUAAAAACAGAAUGUUUUUAAUGUGUUUGCUCGGAAUUUAUGAUCGCAAGAUUCUCGAGCUGCAAACUUCUUCUGUUUCUGAAAUGGGUUUUGGCGCACAGCAGUGGCAGGGUGCUUACGUCUCCAAUAAAGUAUCUCGUAAAAAGUAAGCUUCCAAAUACAUAUUGUAUCGUUUUGAAUGAAGAGAGGAUUCCCAUCAGCAGGUUUUACUAUAAGGUGAUUUUUUUCUGUUUUUAUUUUUCAUUCUUUUCGUCUUUUACAGAGAUUUUGCAGAUAUUUUUUCCUUAAUUCUGCCUAUUCUUAUAAAAGUCAGUUAUUAUAGCUGAGCGGGUGAGUAUUUAAUGACUGCGGGAUUGAUUUAUCUUUUAUUGUUAAGCCUUAUGAUCACGUGACUGCGCUACCCAAUGGCGUGGCAGCGUGUCUCCCCAUUACUUUCCCACUGUAGUACUCUGUGGGGCCAAGUUGCUACUUGAUUUCUCCACAUUGUUAUUUUGUGAGGCUGGCUUUACUGCGUGUGUGUGCGUGUGUGUGUUUUUAUGUAGAGGUGCGUGCGUGUGUGCAUGUGUGUGUUGCACCUUUUUUUUUUAUUUGCAUGUAUCUGCUGUAUGACUGCGUACACGUGAAAAGGAUAAUUUCUCUGCCAUGUCGACGUCCGGAACACUGACUAGCUACUACGUCGAUUCUCUCAUUCUGCCGGAGAGCGAGGAGCUCUCCGUCCCGCGGUACCCCUCGGGUCCCGGGCUCCAGCACGCCAGGCAGCCCGCCUCCAUCGGCGACCACGGCGAGCUGGGGACAUGCACCUUCCCGUCCAAACCCCCAGUGUUUGGGCCGACAUGGAACCACGUCCCAGCCCAGUUCCCGGGCACCGUCUCCUCCGUGUACCACCACCACUACGGGCAUCCGCAGGGCGCGAUGGACGCGGACGGCCGCUAUCAGUCGUGGCUCCUCGAACCCGUGUCCGGUUCCCUUCCGAUGACCGGGAUGCCGACGGGCCACCACUACGGGAUCAAACCYGAGGGGCUGGGGGCGCGGGGGGACGGCGCGCUGCCCGGCUCCCACACGGCGCUGCUGCUCUCCGAUUACGCGAACGGAACCGUGGCGACACCAUCGCCGGGGGAGAAGGACGAGCUCUCCGUCCAGGGAGGGGACAUGAGCGGAGAGGGAGAGGAGAAACCGGGCCUGGACCCAAAUAACCCGGUGUCUAACUGGCUCCACGCGAGCGCCACGAGAAAAAAGCGCUGCCCGUACACCAAGCACCAGAUCCUGGAGCUGGAGAAAGAGUUCCUCUUCAACACCUACCUGACCCGGGACCGCAGGUACGAGGUGGCGAGGCUGCUCAACCUCACGGAGAGACAGGUUAAAAUCUGGUUCCAGAACCGCAGGAUGAAGAUGAAGAAGUUUAACAAAGACGGCGCGCCGAAAGACGAGUGAAAAAUGACGCGCCAAACUCUGCUGGACCUUUAUUUUUCAACUCCGCCGUCUUAUUGUUCUAUAUAAACAGCUGUAGGAUCAUUUGUCUUGUAAAAACAUAAAAAAACUAAAAAGAAAAAUAAAGCAUGUUGGGCUUUAGUUUGAUGCUACCUUAAUAUUGCACAAUUCUGACAGUGCCCCUGCUUCUUUUUUUUAAAUUUCUCUUUGUUGAUUUGAAUUAAUACCUCGUUGAAUUAGUUGGCCCGUGCUUGUUUGUGCCUGGAUGUUUUUAGCUGUGUUGUUUUUGUUUGUAGCUCUAUUUGUUGUCUAUUUCAGAGUCAGUCUAGUUUAUAUAUAUAUAUAUAUGAAAAGAAAAAAAGUAUUAAUUUUAUUGUUGUUUCUCCAUAGAACAAUGACUGAGGAUGACCGUGAAUUUGAUACUAUGAGUUUAGAAAUAUUUAGGGAAAAAAACACAUUUUGAAGUACAGAGGUACAUAAACUGCAGACAUCUUUCCCUUAAGAUGCUAUAGAAGUUAUAGACUACCUACGUCUUUCAACUACCUACCAUAGCUCUGCGUUUCAAGGUGUCUAAUGAAUAAAGUAGGUCUGCUUGUAUCGUUGUGAUUUUUUGUCUGACACAGUUUUCAGGGAGUAACAAUUUCAAAUGAAACACUGUAGGCUUCUCAUUGAAUACCUCGUGGUCUGCUGACCCUUCUGCUAUUGCUUCACAAAAUGUAAUUUGUACUAUUUAUUAAAUAAAACAAAUUAUAUCUCGAGUUUUAAA